GUUUAUAUGCUGCCUAGUUGUACCUGUAGGUAUAUAUAACCAGUAUUGCUUUUCUUUCCUCAAACCAUUAUUUUCAACUUCACUGUCCAUACCCCUUUUGCUGCACCUCUCAUCCUCCUGCAGCUCUACACCACAGCCUGAAUCAGAGGCCUAUUGAAGAAACUUGAGUCACUUAGGCUAACAACAGUAUGUGGAAGCUCAAGAUCGCUGAAGGGCACGGACCAUGGUUGUAUAGCACCAACAACUUUGUUGGUAGACAAAUUUGGGAGUUUGAUCCUGAAGCAGGGACGCCAGAGGAGCGUGCCGAAGUUGAGAAAGCUCGAGAGGACUACGUGAGAAGCCGGAAAACUAGAGCUGGAGCUGAACCCUGCGGUGAUAUUCUAAUGCGAAUGCAGCUCAAAAAAGAAAGCGGAAUUGAUCUAAGCAUACCACCAGUGAGAAUAGGAGACAAUGAAGAAAUAAGCUAUGAAAAAAUUACUACUGCUGUGAGAAAAGCUGUUCGAUUAAAUCGCGCAGUCCAAGCAAAGGAUGGACACUGGCCAGCUGAAAAUGCAGGACCAAUGUUCUUUACGCCUCCCCUGCUCAUUAUCCUACACAUCAGUGGGGCAAUUAAUACUAUCCUAACACAAGAGCACAAAAAGGAGUUGAUUCGCUACAUUUACCUUCAUCAAAACGAUGAUGGUGGAUGGGGAUUCUACAUAGAGGGCCACAGCACCAUGAUUGGCUCAGCACUUAGCUACAUUGCCUUGCGUUUGCUAGGAGAAGGACCUGAUGAUGGAGAUGGUGCAAUUGCAAGAGGCCGUAAAUGGAUUCUGGAUCAUGGUGGUGCAACUGGGAUACCUUCAUGGGGGAAGACUUAUCUAUCAGUGCUUGGAGUGUACGAGUGGGCAGGCUGCAACCCAUUGCCCCCUGAAUUCUGGCUUUUCCCUUCAUUUUUUCCUUAUCAUCCAGCAAAAAUGUGGUGUUAUUGUCGUACAACUUACAUGCCGAUGUCGUAUCUGUACGGUAGGAAAUGGCAUGGGCCAAUUACGGAUCUUGUUAAAUCAUUGAGACAAGAAAUUCACCCCAAGCCAUAUGAUGAGAUAGAUUGGAACAAAGCACGCCAUGACUGUUGUAAGGAGGAUCUCUACUACCCUCAUGCUUUUAUACAAGAUCUGCUAUGGGAUACUCUUAAUUACGUUAGCGAGCCAGUUAUGCAGUGCUGGCCCUUCUCCAAGAUCAGAGAGAGAGCUCAAGAAAAAGCCAUAAAGUACAUGCGUUAUGGAGCAACAGAGAGUAGAUACAUCACCAUAGGAUGUGUGGAAAAGAGUUUAACAAUGAUGGCCUUUUAUGCAAAUGACCCAAACUGUGACGAGUUCAAGUAUCACCUAGCCAGAGUUCCAGAUUACUUAUGGCUUGCUGAAGAUGGAAUGAAAAUGCAGAGUUUUGGUAGUCAAGUAUGGGAUAGUACUCUUGCCACUCAAGCACUAAUUGCAACUAAUAUGGUUGAAGAGUAUGGGGACUCUCUUAAAAAAGCGCACUUUUACGUGAAAGAAUCACAGGUCAAAGAAAAUCCAGCUGGGGAUUUCAAGAGCAUGUAUCGUCACUUUACUAAAGGAUCAUGGACUUUCUCGGAUCAAGAUCAAGGUUGGGUCGUCUCAGACUGCACAGCCGAAGCAUUGAAGUGUCUCCUAUUACUGUCACAAAUGCCACCAGAAAUUGCUGGAGAGAAACCCCCUGUCGAGCGAUUAUAUGAAGCCGUGAAUGUCCUUCUCUACUUACAAAGUCCUCUGAGUGGUGGUUUUGCUAUUUGGGAACCCCCAGUCCCACAACCUUACUUACAGGUGUUGAAUCCUUCAGAACUUUUUGCUGACAUUGUUGUUGAGAAGGAGCAUGUCGAAUGCAGUGCAUCUAUAAUCCAGGCUCUACUGUUAUUCAAACGAUUACAUCCGGGGCAUCGGGAGAAAGAAAUAGACAUAGCCGUUCCAAAAGCGAUACAAUUUCUUGAAGAGAAACAGUGGCCCGAUGGUUCUUGGUAUGGGUAUUGGGGAAUUUGCUUCAUCUAUGGCACAUUCUUUGUGCUGGGAGGGCUACUAGCCGCUGGGAAGACGUAUAACAACAAUCAGGCAGUUCGUAAGGCUGUCAAUUUUUUUCUUUCAACACAAAAUGAAGAAGGAGGUUGGGGAGAGGAUCUUGAGUCAUGCCCAAGCAUGAAAUACACACCACUGGAAGGAAAUAGAACGAACCUGGUACAAACAUCAUGGGCAAUGCUGGGUCUUCUUCAAAGUGGACAGGCUGAGAGAGAUCCAACACCUUUACAUAAAGCAGCAAAGCUAUUGAUUAAUGCACAGUUGGAUGAUGGUGACUUUCCACAACAGGAAAUUACCGGAGUCUACAUGAAAAAUUGCAUGUUGCAUUAUGCACAAUACAGGAACAUUUUCCCGAUGUGGGCGCUCGGAGAAUAUCGUAAACGUGUUUUUCCAUCCCAAAAACUCUAAAUUCAAGUCCAGCAUGUAACAUAUUCACCGGUAGACGGUUCAACAACAGUGUGUGAAUGUAUGCCUCGAUAAGCAAAGAUGUAUUUCAAAUAAGGUGUUCAAUAAUAUUUCAAAUGUGGUAGUCCUCUGUAUUUUUGUAAUUACAUGAUUAAAAAUGUAUCAUGUAUGAUGGACCAAUAAGUAAAGGUUCUUUUUUCCUAAUGAACGAAAUGCUUCACAA